AUGUUCUCACUCACAUCUCAGAUUGUGGUGCUCCUCCUCGCCGCAUCCGCGUGGACGGCCACCACUCCAGAUGGCACCUGCGGUCUUCUGAAAGGCGGCGCCAACAAGGGAUAUACUUGCUUGAACGAUAAGCCAUGCUGUUCUAGCAGCGGGUAUUGUGGCACGACGGACGACUAUUGCCUCUCUUCCUACGGCUGCCAAGGGCCGUACUCCAACGCAACGGCGUCCUGUUACGCACCCAAGAACGGCACUACUAUUUCGCCGGAUGGAACUUGUGGGCUUGUCUCCGCUGGGAAAUAUGGAUAUAAAUGUCCAGCUACAGGAUCGACCUGUUGCUCUGUGGCCGGCUACUGUGGCAAUACGACGGCGCAUUGCACGGCUGCCAACGGCUGCCAAGCUGCCUAUGGAAAGUGUACUUGA